ACAAUGUCAACGGCAAACCUAAUCGUACCAGAAGAAGAUGGUGGAAAAAGAUAUUUCUUUGGAGUGACAAGUAGCAUGGUAUUCCGACGGAACUACCGAGUGGAGCGGGAUUGUGAUUCCAAUAAGAGUCAAAGUCAUGUUGCAGUCGAAUACGAAGAAAUCGCUGCUCUGAUUCAAGACAAAAUUGAUGUUGAUCGAAUUCGAGACAAUCUUCGAAAUUUCACCACUGAUCCGCAUCAGGCUGGAACGACGGCUAACAUCAGAGUGGCUGAUUCGAUCAUGGCCAGGUGGCGAGAGGCAGGACUACAAAACGUACACACGGUUGCCUAUGAUGUAUUGCUAUCGUAUCCCGAUUUCUCAAAUCCGAACUUCAUGUCAAUCACGGAUGAAAGCGGAAAAACAGUCUACAAGAGUGAGGGUGUCAGCCCACCAAUCAUACCUGCUGAACAGAACUCCAUUAAUGCUGGAAUACAAUGGCUCGCUUACUCGCCUAAUGGAACCGUAACAGGUGAUGUGGUUUAUUGUGGGCACGGCACUGAAAGGGAGUUUCAAUAUCUUCAAAGUCAUGGGAUUACGCUCAAAGGAAAAAUCGCUCUACUUCGUUAUGGUGGCAGUUUUCGCGGUAACAAAGUCGCACUCGCUCAGCAGAAUGGUGCUGUUGCUGCGAUUCUUUUUUCGGAUCCAGCUGAAGUCGCGCCCAAUGGCACAUUGGACAAAGACGUGUAUCCAAAUACAGUGUAUAUGCCUCAACAUAGCGUUCAGCGUGGCACACUUCAUAUUGGUAAUGGAGAUGUUCUGUCGCCGUUGUAUGCUGGAAAGCCGAAUCUAUGGAAAACAGGAUCUGUGGAAAAGGCUCGUGCAGAAGGAGAUAUUCCAUCGAUCCCUGCUAUCCCAAUCUCGUAUACAUCAGCCAUGGCACUUCUUUCAAGGUUAGACGGUACACCUGCACCAUCGACCUGGAAAGGAGGACUGAAUGUCACCUACAACUUGGGGCCAGGUUUGAAGGACAAAUUGAAGACAACCAUUGUUGUCAACGGACACUUCGAAGUAAAACAAAUUCGUAAUGUAAUCGGCUACAUAAAUGGCAUUGAAGAGCCAGAUCGGUAUGUGAUUCUUGGGAAUCACUAUGAUGCUUGGACUUAUGGCGCUUUGGAUCCCAACUCCGGUACCUCUAUUCUCGCAGAGGUUGCUCGAGCCACAAUGCAAGUGGUGAAUGAGACCGGUUGGCGCCCUGGUAAGUUCCUUUACGAGUCAGUUGAGCGUUUCUCAAAUGGCUUAACUACAGCACGAUCGCUUAUGUUUGCUGCUUGGGAUGCUGAAGAGUACGGUCUGUUAGGCUCAACCGAGUUUGUUGAGGAUUUCGCAGAAUUGCUCACUCGAAGAGCUGUCGCCUAUCUAAACAUGGACUGUCUUCAGGGAAAUCAAACAAUAUUUGUCGAAUCAGUGCCAUCGCUUCAAGAUCAGGUCAUUCAAACAGCGAAGCGGGUCAAAAAUCCCAGGAAAGAUGAAAAGGAUGUUAAUGGAACUGCAGUAUUCGAUGCAUGGUUACAUUACAUGAAAGAUCCCAGUAAUCCAGGUAUUCCUCAAAUCCCUACUCCCUCCGGAGGAUCGGAUCAGAAAUCUUUCAUGGAGUAUUUGGGUGUUCCUUCAAUGAGCUUCUCAUGGACAGAUAUGGACAAACAUCAGACCUACCCUCUAUAUCACACCUUGUAUGAGACUCCAUUCAUAAACGAGCAUCUCAUGGAUAUCGACAACUUUGCUGUUCGUUGCUUUGUGAUGAGUCAGUCUUACUCAUGUACUUGUCGUAAAUUGCGGAAAAUUCUUCAGGUCCAUAAAGCGACGGCUCAAUUUUGGAUUGAAAUGGCCGUACGGUUAGUUGACGCCCCGACGAUUCCCUACAGCUUGCACACACUCGCGACGAGAAUCCAAUCUGAAUAUAUUCCUGACUUGGCUACUUCAAUCUUGAGUUUGAACAUGACCUACACCAAAGAUGGAUAUGCUCAAUUGCAACAGAUGGCGACUUCAAGUGCUCAAUUCGAGGAUGUGACUAGACGCGAAGAAGCUAUUCCUCGUCCAAGAAGUGUCGACUCCUUGACAAGAAGCCGUUAUAACGAUAGGCUGAUCAACGUCGAGAGGUGCUUCGUAAAUCCGCGAGGUACACCGGAUGACGCCUCUGCUCGUCACGUCCUCUUUUCAAUAAGUAAAACGAAUAAUUACGCAGGACGAGUGAUGCAACAAGUUUAUAAAGUGGUCAGUCGUGAUCAGAAUCAGUAA